AUGAAUCGAGAAUAUCAAUCAGCUGAUAGAGCUCUAUAAAAUCAAAACAAAGAAACAUUUAAAUUAGUUAUCAAUCAAGCUAAGUAGAUUAGUGAUGAAUAAGAGUAUCACUAAUCAAGAUUAGAAACCAAAAAUACAACCAUGUUUAGUUUUUAAGAUUAGAGUGCAAUAAAUAAAUCUAGUAAUGAAAAUAGUAAUAAUGAGAAAAUCACAUUAUUUUCUCCUCCUCCUCUAUCUUAAAAGGAUGGCUAGGCAUUUUUCUAACCUAUCAAGCAAAAUAAGAAUCACUUCCAAUUAAAAUUAAAGCCUCUUGUUGUACCAAUUACCAAAAGAUAAAAUAGUUAAGAUUAACUUCCAUAAUCCUUUAAUCAAAUUACAUCGCCAGAGAGAUAAUUAACUUUUCAAAAAUAAAAUUCUAUCAUAUGUUAAGAGCUUGUGUAAUAGUAAUUCCAAUCCAUAUAGAAGCUAUAAGCAUAUUAAAACGAAGGUAACGAUGAAGUUUCAAGUCCAAACAAAAAUAAACUUUAGCUUUUGAUUGAAAAACAAGUUAUAGAUUUUAGUUCUGAAGAAGAUGUCAAUUGGAUUAUCAGGAUAGCUAAAAAGAGUCAUAAAACUAAAAUGGAAUUGGCUUACUUUAGAAAAUUCGCCUACUAAUUCUAAGUACUUGAGGAAUGUUUAAAAAAUUUAGAAAAAGACAAUAUUAGCCAAGAAAUUUUCAAUUAAUUCAAGCUGAUGAUGUAUAAUCCAAAUAGAAUAAUAUAAAAAAUAGAAGAAGCUUUUUAUAUUGUUUUGAGGGGAAGCUUAGUUUAAAAGGAAAAAGUUAUAAAUGAUAACUCUGAAAGUUAAGAUUAGAAUAUUAUUUGUGCUAAUAAUUUAGCAGAUGAUAUUGAUAGUGGCUUUUAAAUUUAAGAAUUUUAAUAAAGUAAUACUGAUAUUUUUGAAGAUCAAGAGAAAUAUACUACGAUAAAAAGAUACUUACCUGGUGAUUGUUUUGGAGAUAUAAGAUUAGAUAAUAAUUAAUUUUCUAGAAAGCCAAUUAUAUUUACUGAGUCAGAAUGUUGCAUUAUUGAAAUUACAAAAGAAGGAAUCUAAUCAAUAUUGGCUAAAUAUAAGGCUUCUGAACUUUAGGAAUCAAUAGAUUUUUUUAAGUCUUUUUCAUUCUUCUAAGAUAUUCCAGACUAUAUUAUUAUGAAAAUGAUUCAAUCUUCUUUGCUUAAAUAGUUCAUCAGAGGAGAUGUGGUUUUUUAAGAAUCAGAUUUGGUUGAAAAUAUUUAUUUUAUUAAAAAUGGUGACGUUGAAAUUUCUAAAUUAAUAGAUAUUGAGGCUAAUUAAGAUACAACAACAGUCACAAAUAAGAAUUAAUAAAUAAUUAUUCCAUUAAUCAGCUCAUCGAGCUAAAUCUAAUCACCAUUAAUAAAAAAAAAGAACAAAGAAGUAUCUCCUUUAAAGCAUAACUUAAUAUUAAAAAAAAGAAUAUAGCUGAAAAUACUCACACAAAAUUCUUAUUUUGGAUAGGAAGAAAUAUUGCAAAAAAUUGCUAAAAGGGAAAGCAAAGCUAAAGUUCUCUCAUAGCAAGCAUAAAUAUAUGCAAUUAAUUCAACUAAUUUUAUGACACUGAUUUAGAAGUAUUCCUAAUUAUAGAAACUAAUAGAAGAGAAUUCUUUAAAAGAAAUAGCAGAGUAAGAAAGAAAGACACUUAUUAAAAAAGUACAAGGAAAGAUUUAAAGCAAUGAUAGAUUUGAUUAAACAUUUAAGUUUUCAUAGAAAAGUAUUUAUUAGACAACCGGUAAUACACCUAAGAGCUAAAGAGAUUUAAAAUCUCCUUUUCUAAGACAUAAAAGCAAUAUUUUAAUAGAAAAAUCUAAUACUGGAAGAGGAAUGUCUUAAUAAUUUUCCUCACUCGUCUUUGACAAUAAUAAUAAAAUAGCUGUUAACAGUAAUAGCCACUCUAACAUUUAUAUCCCUCUUUAAAGUUAAAAUACUCUAGAAGAGAUUGAAAUGUUACCUACAUCUUAUAAAUAUAAUACAAAGACUAUGCCAAAUUCCAACAAAAACUCACCUAGGCUGUUUAAAAUGGAGAGUUACCUAGUUUCUCCAAAUAAAAGAUAACUUUCAUAAGCACGAUUAAAUUAAGAAAUUUUCUCAGAUCUUUGUGAAGAUCAUUAAUAAUAAUCUCAAACAGAAAGAAAAAAUAUAUCACUUAAUCGUUUAUAAUCAAAGGUACUUAACUCCGAAUAUACUUCUCCUAUUUUUAAAAAAUAAAUUUCAAAAGCUAACUUGUCUCCCUAAUUGAUUAAAUUAAAUUCUGGUCAAUAGGAUUGUUCUGAUAAUUUUCACUCAGCUUCAUAAAGAGCUUUAAAUUAGAAUUAGAGUGUAUAUAAAUAAUAACCUUCUAAAUCAAUAACUAACUUUAAAGCUUUCGACUAUAAUAGCUAAAAAAAAGGAAAUAUAUUUGAUUAAAAUGGCAAUCCAAUAUUGAUGGUUUAAUUUAAUACCGAUUUAGAUACUCAAACUAACUUGUUCUAAUAAAACAGUAAAUAACAAAAAGAUGAAUACUCACUUUAGACUUAAACUCUGCAAAACAAAAAGAUUAAUUUAAAAGCUAUUUUCAAAUCUCCCUUAGGCAAAGCCAAAAAAAAUGAUAGAGUUAGAAGCUAAGUCUAAAUUGAUGAAUCACUGGAAAAGUAAUAAACUAUAAGAAAUAAUGAUAUUUAAGAUAAAAAUUAAAAGAUAUACUACGAUUUAUCACCAAUAAAAAAAGAAAUUUUAUCUUCACUUAUUGAAAAACAUAAAUUGAAUAAAUUUGAUUAGGGCAAUCACUAUAUCAAACAUGUGAGCCCACUGAAGUAAUUACCUACUCACCCUGAAAUUCUCUCAAAUAUUCCUAAAAAGUUUUGGAAAGAAAAUUAAAAAAUAAUGGAAUAAAAUGAAAUUAUGGUAAAGAGUGGCUCCAAUAUAAAUAAAAGAAUAUAUCAAAGGGCAGGAAGAAAAUCAGAUCUUCCUGUUCAUUCUUAUGUUGACAGAAACAUGGAGUAAAUAAUGUAAAUAGCUAGGUAGCAAAUACAAAUAUCUCCAAGAUUAAAAAAUUAAAAUAAUGAAGAGUUUUGUUCAUUAAAUAUUGGAUAAAUUAACGUUUAAAAUUUAGAAUAAUAAAUGAAAUGUAUAUAAUAAAAAUGA